CAUCUUUGCCAAAGAGGCAGGUGUUAACAGAGAAAACAGUGAGACAUAUAAAAAAGAAAAAGCAAACGAUAUAUGUAUUUGACGCAUUGUCUUGGAUUAUAAUUUUUUUUCUACCAUCCUGUGGCUGUGAUCAGUUUUUCCAUGGCAUCACAGUGCCUCAGUAGCGUGCUGACAAACGCAAACCUCACCAUGUACCAACAUGGUAUUCCUGAAGUUCUGCCCCAACAAUCCAUUAUCAACACCCAGCAGAACAACAACCUGGGCUAUAGCUCCAACACAGGUCCCUGGUAUGGUCAGAUAAAUCCCCUCUUCUGGACAGCUGAAAAUGUUAUGGAGUGGAUCAGUGCCCAGGCCGACAGCACCAAAUUCGAUGCCAGUACCCUCACUCUGUCCUACUGUGCCAUUGACGGAAACACCUUCUGCCAAAUGAACCUGGACCAAAUGAUCAUGGCAUUUGGCCCUCAGCUUGGCCCACAUCUCCACCAAAACCUGCAAGAACUCAAAGCAAAAUAUGAACUAACCAGUCUAUCAGGACCAGAACUUCACGAGACUUGCCAGCUCCUGGAUAGGUUCCUACUCAACCUAAACCUCCCUGAUAACAUGAACUUCCCUUUGAUCAGCACUGUCAAAUUUGGUCAAGAUGAAGACUCUGUCAGCAAAGUGGAGUAUGACUAUGGUAAUAAUUAUGAUCUGCUUAGCCUGACCAUGGGGACGAUGACACCUCUGCAAGAUGAGUAUCUGUCUGAUAGCGACUGCAGCUCCUCGUCAAAUAGUGGCCUGUUUGGCUUUUCGAGCCUCAACUCACCAGAGUCUGGCAGUGGAGAAUCUGACCCAGAGUUCUCCUACCCUCUGAUUUCAAAGACGCACAUCAAGAAGGAGAAAACAGAGACACAAAUUAAACGGCCUCGGGGGCGACCUCCUAAAGUCGGCAGAGAACACAGCAAUAUUUAUGAUCCAUUAAAGAAAAAUAAACAUGCACCUCGGGGCACUCAUCUUUGGGAGUUCAUCAGAGAUAUUUUGAUCCACCCAGAAAAGAACCAGGGUCUGAUGAAGUGGGAAGAUCGGCGAGAGGGUGUUUUUAAGUUUCUGAAGUCUGAGGCUGUGGCUCAAAUGUGGGGCCAAAAGAAAAAGAACAGCAGCAUGACAUAUGAGAAACUCAGUCGCGCUAUGAGGUACUACUACAGACGGGAAAUCCUUGAGCGGGUUGAUGGACGAAGGCUUGUUUACAAGUUCGGAAAGAAUUCCAGUGGGUGGAAAAUUGAAGAGAUAGGAAUGGGCAUGUAAAGGGUCAUUUUCCAUGGCAGUUAAUUGAAAAAGCUUGAGUAAUUCAGAACUUGAAUUACCUGCUUGUCCUGUCAAGGGAAGAUCUGGCUGCUCAAAUGUUAAGACACUAACUUCCUCUUUCAAGGAAGGUGUUGCAGAAAAUGUAAGCCAGUGUUUCUGGUGCCAGUAGGUUUUAUGAACCAAUUUUUAAUGUAACUUUUUUGUGUGGUUGAUUGUCAUCAUAGACAUAUUUGCAGCAAGUAAAAUUGAUAGUUUUUCUUUUGCGCUUUCUUAUAUUUUUGUAGCUGCAGAAUCUGCUUUCUAGUAAAUUAUCUGAUGUUCAACUCGUUGCAAAUAAUAGUUAAAGGGAAAAAAAUGUAGUAUUGUUGCGAUGUGUAGCUGUGAUAGGAUCAACACAUAUAAGACCCUAAUGUGGACAAGUAGUACAGAAAAUUAAUGGAAUAAUUUCAGCAAUGUGUACUAUGUAUUGUCGUAACACUUAUUAUGAAGUGCUUUACAAAAUGUUUUUGAUAGAAGUUGUAAUUAUAUCGCACAAUUUAUACAUGGAUAAUACUUCAGAAAAAAAGUCCUGCAUUUUGUUAUUAGCAUUAUCCAUCAAAAAAAUAUCAUCCAUUACGGAUAAUUGUAUAUGCACUAUUUGGGCAAACAUCUUUAUAUAUUAAUGUUUGUUGAAUGGAAUUUUGUAUUUAUAAUAUUUUAUAUGUAUAUAUGAACUUUUUUCUAGACUUCUGUAUGUGCAG